AUGACACCAUUCUCUACCCUUGUCGCCCUGCUGGCGACCCUCGCCCAUGCAGCCGACUACUACAACCCAAUCAGAAAUGAUUCUGCCGACCCGUUCAUGGUUUACGAUCAAGGCAAUUGGUAUCUCCUAAGCACAGGAGGAGAUGUUGGUAUUACGAGCGCACCAACCGUCGCCCAACUUGCAAAUGCAGAGAGAGUACCCGUCUUUAGCAGCACAAAUACGAGCUAUGAUGUGGAUUACUGGCCGCCGGAGGUACACAACUUCGAUGGAACAUGGUACAUCUUCACCACAGCUGCUAGUUCCACCGCUCAAGAUAGAGAUGCUUCACGGAGGAUCCACGUUUUAAAGGGCGGCUCAACCCCUGCAGGCCCCUACACCUACGCAGCCCAACUCGGCGCCAACGUCGCUGGCGACCAAUGGGCCAUAGACCCAACCGUCCUCUUCGACGGCGGUAACCACUACCUCGUCUGGUCAUGCCACGACGAGGCCGCCUACAAUGCUCAGUCCAUCUGCAUCGGUCAACUCAACGGCCCUACGGAGCUGCUCAACCGCGUUGUCAUCUCUACGCCUACAAAUGGCUGGGAGCAGAAUGGUUUCCCUGUCAAUGAAGGGCCAUCUGCUGUGUACUACAACGGACGAACGUUUCUGUCUUUCUCUGCAAGCUACUGCGGAACGGCACAGUACUCCUUGGGGAUACUGGCCUACAAUGGCAACGGGAUCUUGAACCCCAGUAGCUGGAAUAAGACGGGGCCCCUCUUCACAUCAGCAAAUGGUGACUACGGCCCAGGGCAUAAUGGCUUCGUCUUGAACCCAGGAACGACCCAAGACUGGUGGCAAGUCUACCAUGCGACGCCGAAAUCUAGUGGAGGCUGUGAUAAUUCUAGGAACACAUUCUUCCAGAAAGUCAACUUCGACAGCAACAAUUUCCCCGUCUUUGGACAGCCGGAGGCGGUGGGCGGUCCGUAUGCAGGUCCUCCAGGGGAGUAA